AUGGCGGGUAUUGUUCAUCGGUACCAUAGGAGAAGGCACCCUGCUAGGGUGUACGCUGAGCGUGCCAAACCACUUGAGCAAUACACUUCAGAUGAACUGUAUGCACGUUUUCGCUUUGGGAGAGAUGACAUCAAGUACAUUUCAGACCUGAUUAGACCAACACUCCAACACAAAACCCGAAGGAGUCAUGCUUUGUCCGUGGAGGAACAGUGCUUAAUUGCACUGCGCUUUUACGCAUGUGGGACUUUCUACCAAGUAAUAGGAGACUAUAUGGGAGUGGACAAAUCCACUGUGAGUAUUGUGGUGAAGGUUGUGUCCAUGGCACUGGGCAGUCUGAUCAAUCAAUUUGUUUCCUUUCCCAAGGAUAACCAGAUUGCUCAGACUAAGCACAAGUUUUUUCACAUGGGGAACAUGCCUAACACGAUUGGAGUUAUCGAUUGUACACAUGUGCAUAUCCAAGCACCUCGUGAGAGGGAGUGGGAGUAUGCAAAUCGGAAGGGGAGGCACAGCAUCAACGUACAACUUGUGGGCAACGCCGACCUCAUCAUCACCAACUGUGUUGUGAAAUGGCCAGGGUCUGUCCAUGAUGCACGCAUUCUAAGACAGAGUGCACUAUACAGAGAGCUCCAAACAAACCGGCCAAAUGGCAUUAUAUUGGGAGACAGCGCUUACCCACUUCUACCAUGGCUAAUGACCCCUUUUCCGGUUGCAAAUACACAUGAGCAAGCACGCUUCAACAUUGCACAUUGCAAAACAAGAUGUGCCAUUGAGCGCUUAAAUGGAGUGCUGAAGAGAAGGUUUGCCUGUCUUAACCUGCGAGUAGAACCUAAGGUGGCAUGCAACAUAAUUCUGGCCUUUAUUGUUCUGCAUAACAUCGCCACCAGGCGUCAUGUCCCUUGCGAUGCCAGUGACGCUCAUGAUGGACCUGAGCCUGAUGUAGACCCAGAACAGCCACGAAUGGUCCUACCUAGUGAGGGACACACUGGACAUGCUAUAAGAGAGGGAAUGGUACGAAACUACUUUUAA